AUGACCAUUGUACAGACGAGUGCGAUUGUAGAUUUCAAUGUCGCUGGAGACCCGGACUCCGAUGCUCAAGUAUGCUGCCAAGUGGAGCAUUCGUUUCCCCGAGAACCGUUUGUAGCAUGUGCAGAACAACUAAAGCUUGACCUGAGCGUCAACGUCACCAACGAGCAGCUGAUGUGUCUCCACAAGUGCUACUAUGAGCGGAUUGGGAUGUUCGAGGGAACUAAAAUGAUUGCAGCUCAGUACCAGCGGUAUGCUCAAGGUCUCGAUGAGCAGUUAAAGGAAGCGUUCGAGCGAGCGAUGCCUUUGUGUGCCUCUUUCACGGUGAAGAUGAUGACGACCUCUAGGAUACUGAAGCAGUUGGCCUGUACGCCGGUACCAUACUUGUUCAAUCGCUGCUUGUCAGAGGUUGGCAUAGCCAUGUGUCCUAAGGAGCGGAAAAUCAUUGCAACAUUCUGUGACGAGCUGGAGAUGAGAGUUAAGCAGAAAUACGGAUUCAAACGCUGA